AUGGGUUCCAAAGCAGAUAUUGAUUGGCUCAGUGCUGAAGAUGAUGUUAAACCACCACCAGCCAAAAUAGCAAAAAGAUCCCCAAGUAAAAAUAAAAAGGGGAAUGUAGCAAUAAGCAAAACUCCAAUCACUAACUUCUUCAAGCCAACGGAAUCCAGCUCCAAAAAAUUGAACAAGAGCAUUGAAGCUUCGACUUCUGCAGAGGUGGAAGUCGAAAUUUCCAACAAGACAACUAAAACUGAACCAGUAGUUGAAGAUAACAAUAAUGUAAAUCCAUUGGUCAGCGGCAAUACGGGUCUUAGCAUCUUGAAAACGUCGCAAUUAGAAGUUAUGCGUGAUCGAGCAUUGACUGAUGUAUUUAAACACAAGAAAUUCAAAAGUCAACUUCAAAAGAGAGCAGUCAACGCUAUUCUACUUCGUCGAACUGAUAUUUAUGUCUCGCUGCCCACAGGUGCUGGAAAAUCAUUGUGUUAUCAGCUUCCGGCUGUUGUUCAUCAAGGAAUCACCGUAGUUGUUUCACCUCUGAUCGCCCUGAUUACUGAUCAAGUAAAUGCUCUAGUAGGGAAGAACGUACCUGCAGUUGCUUUGAAUUCGAAACUGACUGCUGAUGAAAGAAGCCAAAUUAUUUCUGAUCUCCGAGAAGCCGUUCCUAAAGUUAAAUUACUUUAUAUCACUCCAGAAUCUGCUGCUACUGACAAUACUCGUCGUUUAUUAGGUUCAUUGUACAAAAGAAAUAUUCUGAGUUACUUCGUAGUAGACGAAGCUCAUUGUGUAACUCAUUGGGGUCAUGAUUUUAGACCUGAUUACUUGAAGCUAGGAAGUUUGCGAGAUAUUUGUCCUGAUAUUCCUUGGGUAGCUUUAACUGCUACGGCUAAUGUUCAAGCUCAGGAAGACAUAAUGAAGCAACUCAAACUGAAGCAUGUUCAAGAGUUCAAAGCAUCAACUUUCCGAGCUAAUCUUCAUUAUGAUGUCGCCCUGAAGGACAGUCUCAAGUCUACUGCUGUGGGCAAUUUGGCUACAUAUGUUCUGAAAAUACUAACUCCCCCAGCUCAAAAAGCCGAUAUCAUGAAAAAUGAGAAGAGUUCCCGGAAGGAACAUGAUAGAGUUUACAAUGGAAGUGGUAUCGUUUAUUGUCGAACCAGAGAUGAUUGUGAUGAAGUCGUUCAUAGUUUACGCGCUCAAAGUAUUCCUUGCUUAGCUUAUCAUGCUGGUUUAGGAAACAAAGUUCGUGACGAAGUUCAAGAUCGAUGGAUGAAGAAUGAAAUCCCGGUCAUAGCUGCAACAAUAGCUUUUGGAAUGGGAAUUGACAAGCCUGACGUGAGAGUUGUUGUACAUUGGACAUCUCCACAGAAUUUGGCCGCAUACUAUCAAGAGUCUGGAAGAGCUGGUCGAGAUGGGAAAAAGAGCUUUUGUAGAAUAUACUACAGUGAAUCUGAUAAAAGUUUCCUUAACUUCUUGAUCGCUCGCGAAACUGGAAUUAUAAAGGCAAAAAAAAUUGACGCUGAAGCAAAAGAGGCCCAGAUAAAAACCCUGCAACUCGGAUUUGAAAAGAUGCUAGCUUAUUGUGAAACGGCACAAUGUCGGCAUAUGGCUUUCUCAAAAUAUUUUGGUGAUCACGACUUGAGACCAUGUGAGAAAAGUUGCGAUUUCUGUUUGAAUCCCAAAAAAACCAAGGAUAUGACUCAUAACAUGAUGAACGCUCCUCAAAAAGCUGGGAAGUACGGGAAACGUGGAGAAUCUAACGAACAGAGAUGGAGUCUUGCUAAAUUUGAGGAAGAUGAGUUUGCUAAAAAUAGUAGCUCUUCUGGGUUAGAAGGUCGAGAGCGCAUGCAAAAAGAAGAAGCAGAACGUUUACGAGGGGUACUUCAUCGGGAAUUUGCAAAACGCAGACAUAGUGGUCCGAGCUCCAAUCAUCAAAGUUCCUCUUCCUACAUCCCUAAUCCUGAUGUUCAAGUGAGAGAUCCAAAAUCGAAGCUUAUUCCCCAGUUGACAGCGCAGAGGCGAGAAGCUUACGUCAAAGCAAUCAAAGAAGCGUUGGAAACAAACUGGGGACAUGAAAAAAAGCACAGCUCUGACGAUGCUGCUACUGCUAUUGAAUGGUCCAUCUUCAGCAAUAGCAAAACAACUACUACAUAUCAACACAAAGCUGUAGCCAAGGUAUCAGAAAUCAAGAAACUGUCCAGAUCAAACGAUUUGUACGAUUGGGUUCCUCCCGAGACGACAGGAUUCACUACAGCCAGCGCUUUACAUCAGAACGAAUAG